AUGCUCAAAAGGAAGCAGAGCUCCAGGGUGGAGGCCCAGCCGGUCACUGACUUUGGUCCUGAUGAAUCUCUGUCGGACAACGCAGACAUACUCUGGAUUAACAAGCCAUGGGUUCAUUCUCUGCUGCGCAUCUGUGCCAUCAUCAGCGUCAUUUCUGUCUGCAUGAACACGCCCAUGACCUUCGAACACUACCCUCCUCUGCAGUACGUGACCUUCACCCUGGACACUCUGUUGAUGUUUCUCUACACGGCAGAGAUGAUAGCAAAAAUGCACAUCCGGGGGAUUGUCAAGGGGGAUAGCUCCUAUGUGAAAGAUCGCUGGUGUGUUUUUGAUGGAUUUAUGGUCUUUUGCCUCUGGGUUUCAUUGGUGUUACAGGUAUUUGAAAUCGCUGAUAUAGUUGAUCAGAUGUCCCCUUGGGGCAUGUUACGGAUCCCACGGCCACUAAUUAUGAUCCGGGCAUUCCGGAUUUAUUUCCGAUUUGAACUACCAAGGACCAGAAUUACAAAUAUUUUAAAGCGAUCAGGAGAACAAAUAUGGAGUGUUUCCAUUUUCCUCCUUUUCUUUCUACUUCUUUAUGGAAUUUUAGGAGUUCAGAUGUUUGGGACAUUUACCUAUCACUGUGUAGUAAAUGACACGAAACCAGGAAAUGUAACCUGGAAUAGUUUAGCUAUCCCAGAUACACACUGCUCACCAGAGCUGGAAGAAGGCUACCAGUGCCCCCCAGGAUUUAAAUGCAUGGACCUCGAAGAUCUGGGACUUAGCAGGCAAGAGCUGGGCUACAGUGGCUUUAAUGAGAUAGGCACCAGCAUCUUCACCGUGUACGAGGCUGCAUCCCAGGAAGGCUGGGUAUUCCUCAUGUACAGAGCCAUCGACAGCUUUCCCCGCUGGCGUUCCUAUUUCUACUUCAUUACCCUUAUUUUCUUCCUUGCCUGGCUUGUUAAGAAUGUGUUUAUUGCUGUCAUCAUUGAAACAUUUGCAGAAAUCAGGGUACAGUUUCAACAGAUGUGGGGAUCGAGAAGCAACACUACUUCGACAGCCACGACGCAGAUGUUUCACGAAGACGCGGCUGGCGGGUGGCAGCUGGUAGCCGUAGACGUCAACAAACCCCAGGGACGUGCCCCAGCUUGCCUCCAGCAAAUGAUGCGGUCAUCCGUCUUCCACAUGUUCAUCCUGAGCAUGGUGACCGUGGAUGUGAUAGUGGCUGCCAGCAACUAUCACAAAGGAGAAACCUUCAGAAGGCAAUACGAUGAGUUCUAUCUUGCGGAGGUGGCUUUUACGGUACUUUUUGAUUUGGAAGCACUUCUGAAGAUAUGGUGUUUGGGAUUUACUGGAUAUAUUAGCUCAUCUCUCCACAAAUUCGAGCUGCUGCUCGUAAUUGGAACCACUCUUCAUGUAUAUCCAGAUCUUUAUCAUUCUCAAUUCACAUACUUUCAGGUUCUUCGGGUAGUUCGGCUUAUUAAAAUUUCACCUGCAUUAGAAGACUUCGUGUACAAGAUAUUUGGUCCUGGAAAAAAGCUCGGAAGUUUGGUUGUAUUUACUGCCAGCCUCUUGAUUGUUAUGUCAGCAAUUAGUUUGCAGAUGUUCUGCUUUGUUGAAGAGCUGGAUAGAUUUACAACGUUUCCAAGGGCAUUUAUGUCCAUGUUCCAGAUCCUUACCCAGGAAGGAUGGGUUGACGUCAUGGACCAAACGCUAAAUGCCGUGGGACACAUGUGGGCACCAGUGGUCGCCAUCUAUUUCAUUCUGUAUCACCUCUUCGCCACUCUGAUCCUCCUGAGUUUGUUUGUCGCUGUUAUUUUGGACAACUUAGAACUUGAUGAAGAUCUAAAGAAGCUUAAACAAUUAAAGCAAAGUGAAGCAAACGCAGACACCAAAGAAAAGCUCCCUUUGCGACUUCGAAUCUUUGAAAAAUUUCCAAACAGACCGCAAAUGGUGAAAAUCUCAAAGCUUCCUUCAGAUUUUACAGUUCCUAAAAUCAGGGAAAGUUUUAUGAAGCAGUUUAUUGAUCGCCAGCAACAGGAUACCUGCUGCCUCUUACGAAGCCUUCCAUCCGCCUCUUCCUCAUCCUGCGAUCACUCCAAACGGUCUGCGAUUGAGGACAAGUACAUUGACCAAAAACUUCGCAAGUCUGUCUUCAGCAUCAGGGCAAGGAACCUUCUAGAAAAGGAGACCGCAGUCACUAAAAUUUUAAGCAAGAGGCCAGUACAGAGGCGCUCACCUAUUAGCAUCACUGGGUCCCUCUUUGGAGGAUCACGUUGUCACUUACAUGGAGGCAGAGCUUGCACCCGACAGCGCAUGCUGAGCGGAUCAUUUGAGGGGCAGCCAGCCAAGGAAAGGUCAAUUCUCAGUGUGCAGCACCACAUCCGCCAAGAGCGCAGGUCACUAAGACACGGAUCAAACAGCCAGAGGAUCAGCAGGGGGAAAUCUCUUGAAACUCUGACUCAAGAUCAUUCCAAUACAGUGAGAUAUAGAAAUGCACAAAGAGAAGACAGUGAAAUAAAGAUGAUCCAGGAGAAAAAGGAGCAAGCAGAAAUGAAAAGGAAAGUGCAGGAAGAGGAGCUGAGGGAGAACCACCCGUACUUCGAUAAGCCCCUGUUCAUCGUGGGUCGGGAGCACAGGUUCAGAAACUUCUGCCGAGUGGUGGUCCGAGCUCGAUUCAACGCAUCUAAAACAGAUCCGGUCACGGGAGCUGUGAAAAAUACAAAGUACCAUCAACUUUAUGAUUUGCUGGGAUUGGUGACUUACCUGGACUGGGUCAUGAUUAUCGUAACCAUUUGCUCCUGCAUUUCCAUGAUGUUCGAAUCCCCCUUCCGGAGAGUCAUGCACGCACCUACUUUGCAGAUCGCCGAGUAUGUGUUUGUGAUAUUCAUGAGCAUUGAGCUUAAUCUGAAGAUUAUGGCAGAUGGCUUAUUUUUCACUCCAACUGCUGUCAUCAGGGACUUUGGUGGAGUCAUGGACAUAUUUAUAUAUCUUGUGAGCUUGAUAUUCCUUUGUUGGAUGCCUCAAAACGUGCCUGCGGAGUCGGGAGCUCAGCUCUUACUUGUUCUCCGCUGCCUGCGACCUCUGCGGAUAUUCAAGCUGGUGCCUCAGAUGAGGAAAGUUGUUCGAGAACUUUUCAGUGGCUUCAAGGAAAUUUUUCUGGUCUCCAUUCUUUUGCUGACAUUAAUGCUUGUUUUUGCAAGCUUUGGAGUUCAGCUCUUUGCUGGAAAACUGGCCAAGUGCAACGAUCCCAACAUUAUUAGAAGGGAAGAUUGUAAUGGAAUAUUCAGAAUUAAUGUAAGUGUGUCCAAGAACUUAAAUUUAAAAUUAAGACCUGGAGAGAAAAAACCUGGAUUUUGGGUGCCCCGUGUUUGGGCGAAUCCUCGGAACUUUAAUUUUGACAAUGUGGGCAAUGCUAUGCUGGCAUUGUUUGAAGUUCUCUCCUUGAAAGGCUGGGUGGAAGUGAGGGAUGUUAUUAUUCAUCGUGUGGGUCCGAUGCAUGGAAUCUAUAUUCAUGUUUUUGUAUUCCUGGGUUGCAUGAUUGGACUGACCCUUUUUGUUGGAGUAGUUAUUGCUAAUUUCAAUGAAAACAAGGGGACGGCUCUGCUGACUGUAGAUCAGAGAAGAUGGGAAGAUUUGAAGAGCCGCCUGAAGAUAGCACAGCCUCUUCAUCUACCACCUCGCCCGGAUAACGAUGGUUUUAGAGCUAAGAUGUAUGACAUAACCCAGCAUCCAUUUUUUAAGAGGACAAUUGCAUUACUCGUCCUGGCCCAGUCGGUGUUGCUGUCCGUCAAGUGGGACGUCGAGGACCCAGUGACUGUUCCUUUGGCAACCAUGUCGGUUGUUUUCACGUUCAUCUUUGUUCUAGAGGUUACAAUGAAGAUCAUAGCGAUGUCACCUGCCGGCUUCUGGCAAAGCAGAAGAAAUAGGUACGAUCUUCUGGUGACGUCACUCGGCGUUGUCUGGGUGGUACUUCACUUUGCCCUACUGAACGCGUACACCUACAUGAUGGGUGCGUGUGUGAUUGUCUUCCGGUUUUUCUCUAUCUGCGGGAAGCAUGUAACACUAAAGAUGCUUCUCCUGACAGUGGUCGUCAGCAUGUAUAAAAGCUUCUUUAUCAUAGUGGGGAUGUUCCUAUUGCUGCUGUGUUAUGCUUUUGCUGGAGUUGUCUUAUUUGGUACUGUGAAAUAUGGAGAGAACAUUAACAGGCAUGCAAACUUUUCUUCAGCUGGGAAAGCUAUUACCGUACUGUUCCGAAUUGUCACAGGAGAAGAUUGGAACAAGAUUAUGCAUGACUGCAUGGUCCAGCCCCCGUUUUGUACUCCAGAUGAAUUUACAUACUGGGCAACAGACUGUGGGAAUUAUGCUGGGGCACUUAUGUAUUUCUGUUCAUUUUAUGUCAUCAUUGCCUACAUCAUGCUAAAUCUGCUUGUAGCCAUAAUCGUGGAGAAUUUCUCCUUGUUUUAUUCCACUGAGGAGGACCAGCUUUUAAGUUACAACGAUCUUCGCCACUUUCAAAUCAUAUGGAACAUGGUGGAUGAUAAAAGAGAGGGGGUGAUCCCGACUUUCCGCGUGAAGUUCCUGCUGCGGCUUCUGCGGGGGAGGCUGGAGGUGGACCUGGACAAGGACAAGCUUCUGUUCAAGCACAUGUGCUACGAGAUGGAGAGGCUGCACAACGGCGGUGAUGUCACCUUCCACGACGUGCUCAGCAUGCUCUCCUACCGGUCGGUUGACAUCCGGAAGAGUCUGCAGCUGGAGGAGCUGCUCGCGCGGGAGCAGCUGGAGUACACCAUCGAGGAGGAGGUGGCCAAGCAGACCAUCCGCAUGUGGCUGAAGAAGUGCUUGAAGCGCAUCAGGGCCAAACAGCAGCAGUCCUGCAGCAUCAUCCACAGCCUGAGAGAGAGCCAACAGCAGGAGCUGAGCCGGUUUCUGAACCCGCCCAGUAUCGAGACCACGCAGCCCAGUGAGGACCUGAACGCCAACAGUCAGGAUAACAACAUGCAGCCCGAGACGAGCAGCCGGCAGCGGCUUCUGAGCCCCACGCUGUCGGACCGGGGAGCCAGCCGGCAGGACGCGGCCGAGGCCGGGAAGCCCCAGAGGAAGUUCGGCCAAUGGCGCCUGCCCUCGGCACCAAAACCAAUAAGCCACUCGGUGUCUUCGGUCAACUUACGGUUUGGAGGGCGGACCACAAUGAAAUCUGUCGUGUGCAAAAUGAACCCCAUGACAGACACAGCUUCCUGUGGUUCCGAGGUUAAGAAGUGGUGGACUCGGCAGCUGACAGUGGAGAGCGACGAAAGCGGAGAUGACCUUCUGGACAUUUAG